AUGGUUGCAGAGGUGGCCUUUGCCGAGACAUCUGCACGCAACGGCGUCUGGGAGCAGACAGUGCCAAAGCAGUGGCGCCCGCCCAAGGGAAGCAAGGAUGGAGACGCCUCGUACGUCCCGUACUUGAUGACAUUCAGUUGCAACACAGAAGCUCGUGAUGUCUGUCUCACUGGUGUAUAUGCUCGUUGUCAAUGCAGUGGGACGUCUACCCAGCUGUGUACUUGGAGACGUUACGAGCGAUGCUCAACGUCAUCCACCUUGACCCCACCAUCAGCGACUACAUCAUGAAGCAGACGACCAGCAAGGCAGCCACGCGACGCCUCCUUAAAGAGAACCUCCUCAAGCAAGCGGGCCUGCCGAGCCAUCACAGCGACGAGGAACUCAAGAAGCUCACGUACAAGGAUGCGAUGGACCCGGCUGAAAGGCACGUGAUCAGAAUAGGGGUUGGGAGUUGGCUCCUCCAAGAGGGAGGGGCGGCGGACGUCGGUUUCACCAAGGCCACUGUCUCUCUCUCUCUCUCUCUCUUUUCUCAGGCCUCUCGACAAGGAGCCCAGCAUGUACGACAUCCUGGAGGAGUACAGCAGCCUGGCGGACGACUUUGCUGCCAAGGGCUCGUGGAUGAGCUGUCAGAAGCCGAUGAGCACCAACAUGAUCCGGGAACUGAUGGUAAAAACCACGAUGACACUCAUUCAUUGCCGGUAAACCAUUGUCUCAUCCAUGCGCAUCCCAUCAGGUCGGCGUCAACUGCAACUACGAGUGGUUCAUUCGCGAAGAGCCAGAGGCCCAGGUCGUGCUGGCCGGCCAUUCCCACGCCAUGUACCUUCGAAGCUUCGCUCGACACUAG